ACAAAUUAUUCUAAGAAAAACAGUGAUAGGAAACUUAAAUCAGCUGUUUUUCCUCUGAACUCUGGUUAUAAAAGAAUGAUCCCUGUGUUUUAGUUUAACAGAACCAGGAGAGUUUCUGAGUCAGUGGAACCAGGACACACAGAGGAACUUUAAUUAGGCCGUUUUUUCUCAGGACUCUGGUUAUUGAAGAAUAUAUCUGUGUUUUAGUUUAACAGAACCAUAAACAGAACCAGUUCUGGAUCAGUGGAACCGGGCCGGCUUUCCUCUGGACUCUGGAGUUCCAGCUCGAAUACAAUGGGAGGAAAGCUGCAGUUUUCCUUCCAGAUGACUUCAUCUGAAAAACAUGGGCGAGCGAGAGACACUGGCGCUCAGUGGCUCUCUCUCCUGCCCCAUCUCCAUGGUAACUGCCCCCUCCCCCUGGGUGUGGUAGAGAGACUGAGCUCCAGGCUGAAGGCAGAGAGAGAGUUUAACCCUUUGAGGGCCAAUAGAACUGAAACCUGUUGCUGUCAGAUAGUUCUGGUUGUGAGUUCUGGUCCAGUUGUCCGGUCCAGACGUCCCUGUGGGUGAAUGGUGUGUGAACAGAGCUGGUGUCCACAGUGUGUCUCCAGUCGGUCCCGGCUGCAGCAGGGAAGGGGUUAAAGGUGUGGACGUUUCAACAGAGGGAAGUUAUCUGGAAAGUUUCCCUCCCAGCAGCCAAUCAGAGCGUAGCUCUCUAACUGCAGGCGAACAGAGUUUGGGUGUUUUCUCCACUGCAGGAGACUCUGCUUACUCCUCCGUCGACAUGGUGACCACCGAGUCCCACCAGAACCAGGACCUGAUGGUCCCCGCCGACGCCCCGGACCUGAACCUCAACCUGGACUCGCAGGGUGAGGAGCAGGCCUCUGGUUCUGCUGCCUUUGAUCCGGAGAAGCUGGGUCAGGGUCCAGUCAACGCCAUCACGGUUCUGACUCUGCUCGACAAGCUGGUCAACAUGCUGGACGCUGUGCAGGACAACCAGAACAAGAUGGAGAUGCACCAGGUCCAGAUGGAGGGCGUGGUCAGAGGGAUCCAGGCGGACAUGACCCGGCUGUCCAAGAGUCACAGCCACACGUCCAACACCGUCAGCAAGCUGCUGGAUAAGAGCCGCAAGUUGUCCGUGACCAUGAAGGAGGUCCGGGAGAGGAUGGAGCGUCAGGGUGCCCAGGUGAGGAAGCUGGAGGCGAACCAUGCCCACCUGAUCAGCAGGAACAACUUCAAGGUGCUCAUUUUCCAGGAGGAAAACGAGAUCCCGACCGAUGUUUUUGUGAAGGAGCCUCCUCCGUUUCCUCGAGAUGAGAUCCUGGAGGAAGGCGAGCCGUCUGUUCCGGGUGUCAGCGACGGCAGGCAAGACGGGGGCUUCCAGACCAUCGACCUGUCGUCUGACGAAGAUGUUGGCCUGGAAGCCGACAUGGAUGAAGAGGAGCCGUGGCCUCAGGAUCUGGACAGCAUGGAGAAGUCCACAGCGGAUAAACUGAAACGUUCCAGCCUGAAGAAGGUAGACAGCCUGAAGAAAGCCUUCUCCAGACACAACAUCGAGAAGAAGAUGAACAAGAUUGGGACAAAGAUCGUUUCAGCAGAACAACGGGAGAAGAUCAAGCAGAGAACUGCCAGCCUGAAGGUUUCCCCUCUGACCUUUGGCAUCAAGAAGUCUCGCAGAAGCUCAGACUCCCAGCCUCCGGAGUCCCUCACCGCUGAGGCCGACAUCCAGCUGCCUUCACCAGGCACCGCUGAGCUGGAGCUCCCCUUCACCGAGGUCCACGCCCAGCUGGCCCCUAAUGACCAGCAGGAGGCGCUCCAGGACCAGGUGGAAGCGGUAGUGGAGGUCAGGGAGGAAGUGGAGAAGGAGCUGGAGAUUGUGGAGGAAGUGAGGGAGGAGGUGAGGGAGGGUUCACUUGUGGUGGAGGCUGAUGUGUCGGUGGUCUCUGAGGGACUCAGUGAGGCAUACGCUCUGUCCUCCACCCUCCCUCAGGAGGAAGGAGCAGAGGAGAAGGAGGAGGAGGAGUCCUAAGCAGAACAUGAGCUUUAGAUCAGACCAGUCAGAGUUUCCAGACCUUUCUAAAGGAACUCCUCUCAGUUCAAACCAAGAACAACCAAAAGGUAUUCUGCUUUAUUCAUCAAACUUUCCAUUAAAUGUCAGCAAUCACAUUCUCCCAAAAGUUUUCCAACCUUMUCCUCUGAUAAACCUCGGGCCUCUCAGAAAUCAAACCACCAUCAAAGGGCAGAACAUGCUGCUCCUUUAGGUCUGAAGGUCAGAUUUAUUUGAUCAUAGAUGAUCGGACCCUGAUGAACCCUGAUGUUCUGACAGGUUUGAAGUUUACAUGAUGAAAAUCAUCUUGAAUUCUUCUCAUUUGAAACCUGAUGGCUACAUGUUGGGAUCCAUGGUUCCUAUCAGUGUCUGGACUUCAGCCGUUCUCCAUUUUACCAUUUUAUUUAAUUUCCAUCAGAAAAACAUGAGAAAUGUUGGGUCCAACCUGAUCAAGGAGCUUCUGGAUCUUGAAAUGAGGGGACCGUCAGGGCAAACUGGGCUCAGGAUCCUCCAGGGUUACCGUCCUCCCUAAGAGCAGACGCUGAAUCUGCAGGUUCCUGAGCGAAUCCAUCCAGUAGGUUUUAAUUAAACCCUGUUGGAAUCAAAUUCUAAUGGGUUUCCAUUAGUGGCCCUUGUUUUAUAUUUUCCCAACCAGGGUCUUUUAAAUGUGUCCUGACAACUGAACCCCCUCUCUUUGAGGUUCUUCUGAUUAUCUCCAGUCAUCCCUCUGACCAGGUCUCAUUCAUUGCUCUAUGAUGUUGCUAAGGGAACACCCUCUGCGGUUGAUCCAAGUUUUUUUUUAAUGUUUUGACAUUCCAUGGGUUUUUCUCUGUAUUCCUUGUAUUUCUCUAGAAGUUUCCACAACAUUCUGUCGCAGCUCCUAAAAAUCUCUGCCAGACUUUCAGCAACGUUCCAGCGUCUCCCCAUUGUUCUCCUAAUGUUCUUCGCCUGACCAUUGAGUAGUCUUCCCUCCUUCUCAUGUUCCACCAGUGUUUGUUUUCUGAAUACAGAAGUCCUGCUUUAGAUUCAUCAUGUUCCUGGUUUUCCAGGAACCAGCUGUCAGAACCACUGACAGCUGGUCAGUGGUUCUGACAGCUGGUCAGAACCACUGACCAGCUGUCAGUGGUUCUGUUGAUAUUCUACCAAACGUUCUCUGAUCAUCUCAGUGUUCCUGAACUCCAGACGGUAGAGAGGUGAAACAGUGCCUGCCUGCUGUCACACAUUAUUGAUAACAUUAUUGAUGAUUUGCGAUUCCAACUGAUUGAUUGAUCUAAAAUGCUUAAUUUCUUUUUUUUUUUUUUUUGUUCUGCCAAAGAUUAUUUCCUUCUGCAUGUCGUCUCUGGUGUUGAUGGAACAUUUCUUGUCCUAAAGUCUCCAGACUGUCUGAAUUGUGGUUUAUGUCUUUAGUUAUGAGCUCAGUGAAAUACAGGCUCCUCUGCUUUGCCUCUCUGAAGCCACCUGCUGAUAGAUUGUUGUAAAUAUUGUUACACUUUUUCUGUUCUUUGCUAUAAAAGUUUUAACUCUGUAGGUCAGAGGACACGCUUUCCUCACCAGAUAAUAAACCUGAUGGUGCUUUUCACUUUGUCAUUGCUUGUAUAAAUUCUUUUUUCCCACAAAACUCUGUAGUCAAUAAACUAUCACACACAUGCACACACA